AUGUACCGUAUAAUUAAGCUGGCCGAUUGCGAUUAUUUGUGCAUUGUUUGGCGGUGGGGCAAUAAUGAACCUGUGCAGGCCUACCGAUUAAACACAGUCACUUAUGGGACGAAGAGCGCAUCGUACUUGGUGACAAAGUGCCUGCAACAAUUAUUGGAAUCGUACAGACAGCAGUAUCCGACAGCGGUUGGGAAAGCAGAAAGGGGCACCUACGUCGACGACGUGUUGUUGGGAGCUGACUCCGAAGAAGAAGCAGUCAGCUCAACGCACAAGAUCUUUCAGCCCACAAAGCGGACCAUGCUUCCGCAAAUCGCCAGCAUUUUCGACCCCCUAGGCUUACUAGCCCCGAUAGUCAUCAAAGCGAAAAUGAUCAUGCAGCAACUGUGGGAGCUGAAGGUGGACUGGGACGAAACACCCCCGGGUGAGUUGGUUCAAAAUUGGUUAGUAUUUGUGCAAAGCCUUUCCGAUCUGAAUUCAUUACAGGUACCACGUCGAGUGAUUGGUAUGCGUCAAGCCUCUCGCGUCUAUCUGCACGGCUUCAGUGAUGCAUCCGAGCGAGCCAUGGAUGCUUGCCUCUACAUUCGGGCCAUCGGUGGUUGCGGCAAUACAUCGUCGCACUUGCUGUGUGCGAAAUCCAAGAAAGCACCGAUUGGGAAUGGACGAACAACAUUACCCCGCUUGGAGUUGUGUGCGGCAGUGACUCUGUCCCGGCUGAUAGCGAAUGUGAUGAAGGCAAACUCUAUACAUUUCCAUGAAGUGCGGGCUUUUUCGGAUUCAACUGUUGCACUGGCAUGGAUUCACGGAGGAGCUUCGAGAUGGAAAACAUUUGUUGCCAACCGGGUGGCAGAAAUCACUACGAUCCUACCUGCAAUCAAUUGGCAUCAUGUAGAUACACACAGCAACCCAGCCGAUGUAAUCUCACGUGGUGCUCUGCCAGAGCAAUCGAUCAACAAUUCCCUUGGGUGGCAUGAACCAGGCUGGAUCAGGUCACUCAACACCGACGAAGUUACACUCACUUGUGCUCUUGACGCCACUCAACAACGACAAGUGAAAAGAGAGCAACGAUCGACUGCCGUGGCGUGUUUGGUUGUAUACAAAAACCAAUUUAUCGACGACAUGCUAGCCCGAUACUACCCAAAUUUACAGCUUCUUUUGCGUAUCACAGCGCGAAUGCUACGUUUCUCCCAUCGAGAGCAGAGAGUAUCAAAUCGCCUUAUGCCCCAAGAGAUUGAGAAUGCCAUGGAAGUCUAUAUACGACACGUGCAGAAUCAACAUUACCAACAAGAGAUCAAUCGCCUAGAACGCAAAGGUGAAGUAAAUCGUAGCAGCUCUCUUCGCCAGUUGAAGCCUUAUCUGGAUGAAUGA